AGUGAUACCUCUGGCUGUCAUCGAACAUGUCCGAGAAAAGUGACCUGAAAGCCGAGCUAGAGCGCAAAAAGCAGCGCCUGGCUCAGAUCCGCGAGGAGAAGAAAAGGAAGGAGGAGGAGAGGAAAAAGAAAGAGUCUGAAGCACAGCAGCAGAAGACGGAGAGUGUCUCGGAGGACUCGGACCUGGACAGGAAGCGCAGGGAGACGGAGGCCCUCCUACAGAGCAUCGGCAUCUCACCAGAACCCCCAUUAGUCCCAACCCCUAUGUCUCCCUCUUCGCAAUCAGUGAGCACGCCCAGUGAGGCCGGCAGCCAGGAGUCGGUUAACGGAGGGACAGUGGGCAGGACCCUUCAGUGGGAUACCGACCCUUCUGUCCUCCAGCUUCUGGGAGACUCGGAUGUUGGCCGCAAGAUAAGACUUGGUGCCUCUAAAAUCACACAAGUGGAUAUACUGCCUAAGGAGCUGGUGACCUACUGUAAGGAGACUCAAACACCUCUGGCAGCUCACCAGUCUCAAGAGGAAGAGGAAGAUGAAGAUACGCCUGUGCCUACAGCUGACACAGAGACUGACCAGCAGGAUAAUGAGGACAAUCAGGAGGCCACGGAAGCUCACCCAAGGGAGCUGACAGAGGAGGAGAAGCUGCAGAUCACCCAUUCGGAGGACUUCCUGGUCUUCUUCGACCGCACUAUCCGGGUGAUGGAGCGCGCCCUUGCCGAGGAUGCGGACAUAUUCUUUGACUACAGCGGCCGAGACAUGGAGGACAGAGAUGGGGAUACGCAGGCCGGAUGUAAUUUGUCUUUCAAUCGAUUUUUCUAUGACGAGCACUGGUCCAAACAUCGAGUGGUGACAUGCUUGGAUUGGUCCCCUCAGUUCUCAGAGCUGAUGGUGGCAUCGUACAACACCAAUGAGGACGCCCCUCACGAACCGGACGGGGUGGUUCUAGUGUGGAACAUGAAGUUUAAGAAGACAACACCCGAAUAUAUAUUUCACUGUCAAUCGUCAGUGAUGUCAGUGGGAUUCGCUCAGUUCCACCCCAACCUGGUGGUGGGAGGGACGUACUCGGGACAGAUAGUGCUGUGGGACAACCGCAGCCACAGACGGACCCCCGUGCAGAGGACACCUCUGUCCUCCGCUGCGCACACCCACCCUGUAUAUUGUGUGAACGUGGUUGGGACUCAGAAUGCCAAUAAUCUGAUAACAGUAUCCACUGAUGGAAAGAUGUGCUCCUGGAGUCUAGACAUGCUCUCUCAGCCCAUGGAGAGCAUGGAGCUGGUAUAUAAUAAAUCCAAACCUGUAGCGGUCACAGGAAUGGCGUUCCCAACUGGUGACGUUAACAAUUUUGUUGUGGGCAGCGAGGAAGGGACCGUGUACACAGCUUCCCGCCAUGGAAGUAAGGCUGGCAUUGGAGAGAUGUUUGAGGGGCACCAAGGCCCAGUGACUGGCAUCAGUUGCCAUAACGCUGUGGGCGCCGUUGACUUCUCUCAUCUUUUCACCACCUCCUCAUUUGACUGGACUGUGAAACUCUGGACCACAAAGCAUAACAAGCCCCUUUAUUCAUUUGAGGACAACGCGGACUACGUCUAUGAUGUGAUGUGGUCACCAGUCCACCCAGCCAUCUUCGCCUCUGUAGACGGAAUGGGACGCUUAGACCUGUGGAACCUCAAUAAGGACACAGAGGUGCCAACAGCCAGUGUGGCGGUGGAGGGAUCCUGUGCCCUAAACCGAGUGAGGUGGGCGACUGGCGGGAGAGAGGUGGCAGUGGGAGACUCCGAAGGUCAUGUCUGGAUCUAUGACGUGGGCGAGCAACUUGCCGCUCCUCACCCUGAGGACUGGAGCCGCUUCGCCCGCACCCUUAUGGAGAUCCGUGCCAACCAGGGAGACGGCGAGGAGGAGGGUGGCAUGGAGAUGCCAGCUUAACAGCAGUUUUGCCAUCGGUCUACUAUACAUGAUGCCACGCCGCGCCGGCUCUGAAUCAAACGGCCGAUUGCUAGAUUUUACCGGCUGACUCAGAUGCACACCUCGAGCUCGGCUGUGAUCACACCUCAUUUUUCAGUUCAUUCACAGUGGGUCUAUAUUUGGUACCAUACGUGUCAAUGGCAAUAAUUCCUCUUUCUAGCAGCUCUGAUGAAAUUUCGUAGGGAUUGUUAAGGGUGGGGAAAUGCUGUGGUGUAAAGGCUUGCAGUGAUAAGGAAACUGGAGUGAGCCAUGUUUUGUUCGCCAAAAAUGCAGAAUGUUUUGGUGCAAAAAUGUAGCCUAUAUCUUGUUUUGUGUUUUUUAUGAUUGUGCUGUGCCUAUGUCAUCAUUAAUGUGUAGAAUGCCAAAAGCAGAACACAAAUGCUGACAUUAUAAAAUUGUGGGCUUCAUUUAUGCUGAAAGUCUGUUGACUCAAAAAUACUAUUUAUCUUUGUAUAUUAAUUAAAAUA